GGCGGGGCCGCGGGAAGCGCCAUUAAUAGAGAGAGCUUGAAUCAGGAUGGCUGGGAUGGCCAAACAGGAAAAGCGAAAGCAGAACCAGCCUGGCCGGGCCACCAACAAGAAAAUUUGUAAUGAAGAGAUUAAUACCACCAUCAAUGAUUCCCCUCAUAACGCCUCUGCAGAUCUCUCUCUGGACCUGGCAACCAACGCCAACAAUGAAUAUGGUAGCAAAUGUGGUAUCCUGAAAUGGAUCACUAUCAAGAACUUCAUGUGUCACGAUUUUCUUGAGUUUGUAUUCUCGUCACAUAUCAACUUUGUGCAGGGAAGGAAUGGCAGUGGAAAGAGUGCCAUCCUUACUGCUGUGGUGGUAGGCCUUGGUGGAAUGGCACGCUUUACCAACCGAGGAAACAGCUUGAAAGAUUUGAUAAAGCAUGGCAAACAUACAGCUGUAAUAGAAAUUGCCAUCAAUAAUGCUGGGCGCAAUGCAUUCAAGCCUGAGUUAUAUGGAAGUGCUAUCAUUGUGGAGCGGAAAAUAUGUGCUUCAGCACCUGGAGGAUAUAAACUUAAAGCUUAUAUGGGAAAAGUGGUCUCAACCAAGAAGGAUGAGCUGUCAAGGAUGAUGCAACACUUCAACCUGCAGGUGAACAACCCUGUGACAAUACUCAACCAAGACAUGUCACGCUCCUUCUUCAACACAACAGAACCAAAGAUGCUCUACAAGCUUUUCCUGAAGGCUACACAGUUGCAACAAUUGAAAGAUGACUAUGCUGAUCUGCAGAAAAGCAUACAGAGUUCCCUGAGAAUUAUUGAAUGUCGAAAAGAGUGCCUUCCUGAUUUGGAGAAAGAGGUGGAGGAACAGCGCAUCCACUAUCAGUUCAGUUUAUCACUUCGAGAAAAAGGAAAUAAACUGAAAGCACUGCGCCAUGAAUUGGCUUGGGCAAAAAUUAUUGAACUUGAGCAAGCUAAAGCAAAGGCAGAAAAAGACUUGGAGAAGCAUACAAAAGCUAGGGAUGAAAUCCAAAAGAAGGUAGAAGAGCUCCAGAAGAUUCUAGAACACGAAACGGAAGAGAGAGCAAAGAAUACCAAAUUGUUGGAAGAGGCCACCAGCCAGUUGUCAGCUGUCUCCAAGGAAGUGCGAGAGGUAGAUGGAAAAAUGAGGAAGGUAAAGGAUGAGUAUAAAGAAAAUCAGUCUCAGUUUAACGUAGCUGAGAAAAAAGUUCGUGCACUGAGUUCAGAAAUUUCUACAUUAAAAUCUGCCAUUGAAAAGGAUGAUGAUGGGAAAAAGAGUCGAUGGGCAUCUGAACGAGCAGAAUGGCAGAGGGAGAUGAAUAUAGUUGAGAGCAGGGUUAAAGUGAUGGAGAACUUGAAGACAGAAAACACUCAUUUUGAUAACCUACAACACACAUUGGACGUCAAAAAGUCAGAGAAGAUAAAUCUGGACGUAGAGGAAAAAUCAUUGCGCAGACAAAUAGUUGGAUUCGAAAAGGAGCUCAACAGUUUUAAGGACAAGAAAAGCUGUCAGUUCACUAUAUAUGGCCAUUGGGUACCUCAACUGUUGAAGAACAUUUUACAUGCACAUGCAAAUGGAUUGUUCAUCAAGAAACCUGUUGGACCUAUGGGAGCCUUCAUUAAAGUGAAAGACACAAAGUGGGCUCAUGUGGCAGAACGUGUGCUGGGAAGAAGAAUCACAGGCUUCUGUGUUGAUAACCAUAAAGAUGAAAAAGUCCUUAGAAAUUUGAUGAAAUCCGUGGCCAUAGAACAAAACUCCAUGCCAAUUGUGACUGUGUCCAAGUUCAGAGACCAGGUUCUUGAUGCGUCCAGGUUUGAGACAUCUUCUGAAUAUUCUUCCCUGUGGUCCAUUCUUGAUAUUUCUGAGACUGUGGUGGCCAAUACAGUCAUUGACCAAAUGCAAGUUGAGUCAAUCCUCCUCAUUCCUACUUCACAAGAGGCUGGCAAGCUGCUGAAGGAUAAAUCAUUGGUACCAAAGAAUUGUAAAUGUGCUUACACUCUCAACCUGGACCAGUACUACCCAGAUCCCAAUUACCGGGUGUACUCUGGCAGGGGCUCUCAUCGGGCCAGAUUCUUGCAGGUGUCUGUGGAAGACAAAAUAAGAGAUAUCACAAAGAACAAGGAGGAGUGCACAGAAAGACUGAACUUGCUAGUUACCCAUGAUAUUAAAGAAUCUUUGGCUGAAUUGAAGGAUUUGCAAGAAAAAAUGAAGGUUUCCAGCAGCAAGAUUCAAGGGUACAAGAAGGAAUUGGGCAGUCUCCGCAUGACACUAGCAGAACUACAAAACCAAGAGACUACACCCCCUCCUGAUGUUACACAGCUAGAGGAAGAAGUGAAGCAACUAGAAGCAAAGAUGGGAAAUGCCAAAGCUAAAAUGGAGGAGAUUCGUAAAUCUUCACUUGAGAAGAAACAAGAAUUUAAUAAUUUCAGUGCAACUCUAAUGGACUUAAGACAAAAGGAAAAGCAUGCCUAUUCUGAAGUUGAGAAAUGGAAGAAUGUAUUACAAGAGGCCAGUGCUAAUGCUGCCAGAUUAGAAAUUCAGACUUGCAAAAGAAAGGAUAAAGAACUGAAGGCAAGCAAAAAACCACUUGAAGAGGCAUUGACAGAAGCAGAAGAAACUUUGGAGAAAGCAUUGAACACUGCAGAUCAGUUAAAUCUAGGAGAACGCAUAGAGACAAAAAAGAGUGUGAAAGAGCUGGAGCGCCAGUAUGCUGCUCUACAGGACAGGCUUGACAGGGAAAGAGCUAUCUCUGGGGACCCAAUAACUGUUGCCGAGAAAUAUGUGGCCACAAAACAUAGAUACAAACUGGUUUCAGAAGACCUGAAUAAACACAUCAAUUUAAUGUCGAAACUACAAGAGAGCCUACAUUUGAGAGAAAGAAAAUGUGUGCGUUUUCACUCUUGGCUGGCAGUGAUUGUUAAACAUUUCUUCAGGGAAAACUUAUCAGUACGAAAGCUGCAUGGCUCAGUUUCCAUCAGCAUAGAAGAAGAAGCUCUUAACAUCCAUGUGGAGAAGCCAGGUGUCCACUAUACUUCACCUGUAAAGAUUCAAUUAACCUCCAAAGAACUCAAGAAGUCUAAAACACACCAAGACCUAAUCAUGAUGUCUGGAGGUGAACGUUCAUAUGCAACUGUGGCCUUCAUCAUUGCUCUUUGGCAUGCAAUAGUGUCACCUGUACGCAUCCUAGAUGAAUUUGAUGUGUUCAUGGAUGUGAUUGCCAGGAAUCAUGCCAUGAAAAUGAUGAUAAGUGCAGCAAAACAAGACACCCAGUACAUCUUCCUUACUCCACUCAGCCUGGAUACAAGCAAGCUUAGCAACUGCCAGGUAUUCAGGAUGCCAGAUCACACUGUGGAGUCUCAAAAUAGUGAAGGAUGCUGAGCACUCCUAAGAAGGCCAAGGACAUAAUCCCUCCCAAGAAGUACAAAGACCUGAGCAGUCCUGGACGUUCUUUUAAUUUAUGAAGCCUUAAUGAUAACAAACUGUCCCAAGCCUCAAUGAUAGAAAAUGGAGAAAUGAACAGUUAAUUAAACUUUCAAUACUAUUUACCUUAGGUACUGGUGAUUUUUUUUUUUCUUCAAUAUUUAGCUUAACAUUAUUACUUUCAUUUCAUACUAAAUUUGCUAUGAAAAAAAAAAAUAAAUAAAUAAAAUAAUAACAAUAAGUUGGGUUGUAAAAAAAUAGCUUUCUUUUUCCUCAAGCAUAGAUGUUUACACAAGAUACAGUUUAGGAGCAUAGCAUAGGUAGAUUGGGGAUAGGACAACCCAAUUAAAGCAAUAGGACAGUAGUUUGAGGGUAAUGUGUGUGUUGUUACAGAAGCAAGAAAUAUAAGGAUUACCUACAAAGUAAGCCAGUGAGAAAAUCAUGGUGCAGUGUUCUGUUCAAGGUAGAUUUAUCUGUGUUGGAUACAUAAAAGUACAAAAGGAAUAAUAUACAAGGAUGUACAAACAUAUUAGAACAUUUCAUACACUAUCCAAAGGAAACAAACUAGAAAUGGAAUGUUUUGAGACCCUAUCAUUCCACUUGUGUUUAGUCACAAAUGAUUAGUAAAGAUCAAGUAAUGUGAAUGCUGUUUAGUAAAGCAUGUUUUAAGUUAGUUAUCUGAACAUAUCUUUAAGAGGAAUGACACAAAGCCUCUAUAUAUGUCAUAUUAAGUCUAUUGGUGUUUCUGUUUGAUCUUAUAUGAUAUGUCAAGUAUGUGGCAAAACAUUACCCUCAUAACUUAGGUGAUAGGAAAAGUAGGGAACUGGAGGCCCUACCUUUUACAUUUGUUUCUGAAAUGAGAAAAGGUAUGAGAUUUGGGUUGCUUUUAUUUGUCCUUAAGGAUUAUUUUAGCCUAGUUCUCAUAUAUUGAUGUGAAUCCAGUGAAUCACAUAUCUGAUGUACAAAUAUAAGCAAACAAAAGAAUAGGUACCUAAAUAUUAUCUGAACAAAACAGUAUUGUAUAGAAGAUACAACAUGAUUAAAACUAAAUGAAA